UGUAUCUUUCUAUAUAGUGAGUGAGAGAGAAAAUAACACAACAUUCUCCACUACCAAAACAAUUUGAUAACUUCCUUCGUGACCAACGUUAAUGGAAACAAAAGGGAACGGGCAGAUCUUCUUCAUCUGAUACAACAUUUAUCUAUCUGAAAUGAUGAACAACAAUGGAGAAUCUGAUUGCAAUCAUCAAGGGGAAGAGUCUGGAACAGUUGGUGUUGUUGUUUCUAUGGACGAAAGAGAUUCAAAUUUGACGGGAGAUGGGAAAGAAGUCGAAAUAGAACAAGAUACAGAUACAGAUGAAACUGGAUUGCCUGAAGAUAGCAAAGUUUCUGUAGCCGAGGAUGAAGCUUUAGCUGUGUGGGUCAAGUGGAGGGGUAAGUGGCAAGCUGGAAUCAAGUGUGCUCGAGCUGAUUGGCCACUGCCAACUUUGAAAGCAAAGCCUACACACGAUAGGAAGGAAUACAUUGUGAUAUUCUUUCCUCGUAAAAAACAUUACUCGUGGGCAGAUGUGCUUCUUGUGCGUCCGAUUGAUCAGUUUCCGGAGCCCAUUGCACAUCGGACACACAAAGUUGGGUUGAAAAUUGUGAAGGAUUUAACUGUUGCUCGUCGGUUCAUAAUGCAAAAGUUGGCCAGGAACAUGCUGGAUAUAAUUGACGAAUUACAUAUGAAGGCUUUUAUAGAGUCUGCUCGAAGUGUGACCGUGUGGAGAGAAUUCGGAAUGGAGGCUGCUCGCUGCAAAGACUAUUCUCACCUUGGAAGAAUGCUUGUGAAGCUUCAGAGUAUGAUUGUCCAAAGCUGUGUAAGUUCAGAUUGGAUAACGGCUUCUUUCGAAUCAUGGGUGCAACAAUGUCAAGAUGCCUGCACAGCUGAAUCUGUUGAAAUGCUAAAAGAGGAAUUAAUGAGUUCAAUCAGAUGGGGUGAAGUCAAUUCACUUUCCGAUGUAGCAGAACAAUCGGAGUUGGGUAUGGAGUGGAAGGUGUUGAAGCAAGAAGUUAUAAGAAUUUUUUCCGCAUCGAAUCCUGAUGCCGAAAGCAAGAUAAGUGAAAGCCCCAGGCCCAGGCCUGUGGAUGUGGAUGUGGAUCUUCUUCAGGCAUGCAGGAAAAGGCCGAAGCUUGAAGUCCGUCGAGCCGAGGCUCAUCCCCCCCAAGCUGCAGAGAAUGUUAACACCAUUGAAAUUGAUGCCGGAUUCUUCUAUGAUAGGGGACAAGAAAAAUGGGCUGAGAUUGUCGUUCAACCCGAUAGUUCUGAAGCGAAAGCAAACGAAACGACAGUGGCUAGUAGUAGUAAUAGUAGCAAGAACCGUAGGUGUAUCGCCUUUAUCGAAGCUAAGGGAAGGCAAUGUGUCAGAUGGGCGAACGACGGCGAUGUAUAUUGUUGCGUCCAUUUAACUUCGCGUUUCUCUAUCGGCACUCCUCAAGAGAAACCUUCCCCGAUCGAUUCUCCAAUGUGCGACGGAACCACCAUUCAUGGCAACAAGUGCAAACACCGUGCUCUUCAAGGCACCACUUCUUGUAAGAAACAUCGACCCCGAAAAGGUAUUGAAAUGGCUUUAAUCCCGUUAGAUAAUAAUAUUCAUGUUACAAGAAAUCACGAAGUACCUGCCACCCCCAUUUCUGUUAUGAUAUCGGAGAGCAGAGAAAUCACGACUACGCCACCACCGUUUUCAGUUAUAUCGGUUGAAAGGAGCGUAGACGUUCCGCGUCAGCGUUCAAGCGAUGAGGCAUCUAGAUGCCUCGGCGGUUUCUCGCCCGAAGGAAAUCAUCUUUGUCUCCACGAUCCAAAGAGGUAUCUAUUAUACUGUGAAGAUCAUUUGCCGAGCUGGCUUAAACGCGCUAGGAAUGGGAAAAGCAGGAUUGUUUCGAAGGAAGUGUUUGUGGAACUUCUUAACGACUGUUCCACCCGAGAACAGAAGCUACACUUGCAUCAAGCAUGCGAGCUUUUCUACAGGCUGUUUAAGAGUAUAUUAUCAAUGAGGAAUCCGGUUCCUGAGGAAGUGCAACUUCAGUGGGCAAUAACCGAAGCUUCUAAAGACAGUAAUGUGGGAUCGUGGCUUACUAAAUUGGUUUCAUGCGAGAUAGAGACACUUAGGAGGCUAUGGGGAUUCGACUCAGACAAGGAGAAACAGGUAGAAGAAUCAACACGUAAUAAUAUUGUGUGUAAAAUUUGUUCUAUGAAUUUCUUGGAUGACAAAGAGAUCGGGACACACUGGAUGGCGUGUCAUAAAAAGGAAGCAAAAUCAUUGUUCAAAGGCUACAUGUGCGCGAUAUGUUUGGAUUCUUACAAGAACAAAAAUGUUUUAGAAACUCAUUUUAAAGAGAGACACCACACGCAAUUUUUCGAAUCUUGCAUGCUUUUCCAGUGCAUUCCUUGUGGAGGAAACUUUGGAAGUACCGAACAGUUAUGGGCGCAUGUGCUCUCCGUACAUCCUUCCCUUUUUAAGCUGUCGGGAUCAUCUCCUCUACCCGAAAUUGAUCAAGAAUCUUUGCCGAAUUCAAUUUCUCAAGAUAACAGAAGGUUCACGUGCAAAUACUGCAGUAUGAGGUUCGAUUUGCUGCCUGAUCUUGGCCGUCAUCACCGAGCUGUUCACAAAGGGACGACAAGUGCUGCAGUCGACUCCCGCCCUACCAAACGAGCCUAUAAACUGAAAACUAAUAAAAUAAGGCGUCCAAGAUUUAAGAAAGUUCUGAGAGGACCAUAUCGGAUUAGAAAUAGAGGAACCGCCACUGGUAUAACGAGACGAAUUCAGUUAUCGAAUUCGAAUGGAACCGUAGAAACGAAUGUUCAAAAUAGGGUAAAUGAGGCCACUAUGCUCAUUAGUUCGGAUGAUACUCAAUUCUUGGAUGUUUUGAAUAUAUUGUUGUCCAAGAUUCAAAGUACCAGCCCUCGUCCGACCAACAAUGAUCUUUUGGCUAUGUGUCGUUCCGCCUGCUGUAAAGUAUGGCUACAGAAUAUUUUGGAGCAAAGAUACGGAGGAUUGCUGCCCAAGCGGUUAUACCUGAAAGCAGUUAAGCUCUGCAGCGAGCAAAAUAUAGCAGUUAGGUGGCAUAUUGACGGGUAUGUUUGUCCUAGAGGAUGCAUACCAGUACUGGAUCAGCAGGUUGGAAAUGAGGAAACGAGAUCAAGAUCAGUAGUGAGAGUUGAUUGUAGCGCAAAUAACGAUUGGGAAAGGGAUGAAUCGCAUUAUGUUAUCGAUUUGAAGGAUUUGAAACCUAAUCCAAUGAGGAGAACGUUUAUGUUAUGUAGUGAUAUAAGCUUUGGACAGGAAACUGUCCCUGUUAUCUGUAUAGCCGACGAAAACUUACUGCCUGCAGUUUGCGUUUAUGGGGGAAAGGGUUCACUUGAUCCCUCAUUUAUGCCAUGGGAGAGUUUUAAUUAUGGGAGGAAAUCAUUGAUCGAUCCUUCAGUAUGCUUAGAAGAACCAACGAGUUUCCAAUUGGGAUGUCAUUGUAAAGAGUCAACAUGUUCUCCUAGUGUUUGUGAUCAUGUGUAUCUUUUCGACAAUGACUAUGAAGAUGCGAAGGACGUAAAUGGAAAGUCAAUGGUUGGAAGGUUUCCAUAUGACGAGAAUGGAAGGAUUAUUUUGGCGGAAGGUUACCUUGUAUACGAGUGUAAUCAAAGAUGUGGCUGCAACAGCUCUUGUAAGAAUAGGGUCUUGCAAAAUGGCGUAAAAGCUAAUCUCGAGGUGUUUAGAACUGAGAAAAAGGGUUGGGGAGUUAGAGCAGGCGAGCCGAUAAUGAAAGGUACAUUCAUAUGUGAAUGUGUAGGAAGGAUUAUAAAGCACAUGAAACCAAGUGAGAAUUGCGAAAGAAUUGAUGAUUGGGGUUAUAUCCAAGAAAUUGAUGAUCAAGUUGAUUAUAUAAGCCGGUUGAUGGAAGAAGAUCAAACUCCUUACAUGAUCGAUUCAAAAAAUUAUGGAAAUGUGUCGCGGUUUAUAAAUCACAGCUGCUCGCCCAAUCUAGUGAGUUACCAGGUUCUGGUUGAAAGUAUGGAUAGUCAUCUUACGCACAUAGGUUUAUAUGCUAGUCGAGAUAUUGCUAAAAGUGAAGAGCUGACAUAUGAUUAUCGAUACAAAUUAGUUCCUGGAGAUGGAAUUCCAUGUCAGUGUGAAGCUCCAAAUUGUCGGGGCAGGUUAUACUGAGUUUUGAAAGUUUGGAAAGAACAUCCAUCAGCCCUUAAGUGGAGCUUCAAAAAUUCCUAAUUAGAUAAUUGACUAAUUAAUUUUGCAUGGAUAUGAAAGGAAUGAAUAGAUGAUGUGGUAUACAUAUUUUGUGACAUUUUGCUUAGUUAAGAAUUAAUUCUUUCGCAAAUUUGGUGAAUUUCUUUAUUGAAUUUGUAUUGCUUCAUUGGGUUUAUUAUUUAAUUCUUACAAUACAAUUUGUUUACAUG